AUGGCUGUGAUUUGGCUUCUUUCACUUUCCUUCCUCAUCUUUAUCCUUCUUGCCGCCGUCGUCAAACACACUAAGCGGUGGCGGCUACCACCGUCUCCUCCCGGCUUACCGAUCAUCGGAAACUUGCACCAGCUCGGAGAGUUGCCACAUCAGUCUCUAUGGAAACUCUCAAAGAAGUAUGGUCCUGUAAUGUUACUGAAACUUGGACGAGCCUCAACGGUUGUAGUUUCUACCCCUGAAACAGCAAAGCAAGUUCUUAAAGACUAUGAUCUCCAUUGUUGUAGCCGUCCAAGCGUGGAAGGCACAAGAAAGCUUUCUUAUAACUAUUGCGACAUUGCUUUCUCUAAAUUUGACGAUUAUUGGAAAGAAUUAAGGAAGCUAUGUGUUAAAGAAAUAUUUAAUACCAAACGAGUUCAUUCGAUGCAGCCCAUAAAGGAGAUGGAGAUGAAGAAACUGAUUAAUUCAAUCACUGAAUCUGCUUUUGAGAAAACUCCGGUUAACUUGAGCGAGAAGUUUCUUUCUUUAAACGUUGGUGUGAUUUGCAAGGCAGCUUUUGGUGUGAGUUUCCAAGGAAGUGUGCUUGACAAUGAAAAGUUUCCAGAUUUAGUCCACGAGGCACUUGAAAUGUUGGGGAGCUUCUCUGCUUCGGAUUUCUUCCCCUACAUCGGUUGGAUCGUCGACUGGUUCACGGGUUUACACGCGCGGAGAGAGAGAAGCGUGAGAGAUCUUGAUGCCUUCUAUGAACAAAUGAUUGGUUUGCAUGUACAGAAAAACAGAGAAGGAAGAGGUGAAGAUGAUUUUGUGGACUUGCUCUUGAGGUUGGAAAAGGAAGAAGCUGUUCUUGGUUAUGGCAAACUCACAAGAAACCAUAUCAAAGGUGUCUUGAUGAACAUUCUUCUUGGAGGAAUCAAUACUUCUGCUAUAAGCAUGACAUGGGCAAUGGCGGAGCUCGCAAGAAAUCCGAGAGUGAUGAAGAAAGUACAAUCCGAAAUCAGAGACAAAAUAGGUGGAAACUACAACAAAUCAAGAAUCAUAAGCUUAGAUGAGACAGACCAACUUCAUUACCUGAAAAUGGUGAUCAAAGAAACAUGGAGGUCACAUCCAGUGUCACCUCUCUUAGUUCCAAGAGAAGUAACAUCUGAGUUCAAGAUCAACGGCUACACGAUCCAACCCAAGACAAGGCUUCAUGUCAACGUAUGGGCUAUUGGACGAGAUCCGGAAGUGUGGAAAGAUCCAGAAGAGUUUAUCCCAGAGAGGUUUAUGGAUUGUGACAUUGAUGUCAAAGGGCAACACUUUGAGUUGUUGCCGUUUGGGGGUGGUCGGAGAAUCUGUCCAGCAGUGUACAUGGGGACAACAAACGUCGAGUUUGCUCUUGCGAAUCUCUUGUACCAUUUUGACUGGAAGUUACCACAAGGUGUUGAAGAUAUUGACAUGGACGAAGGCUCUGGACUCACUUCCCAUAAGAAACAUGAUCUUCUACUUGCUCCUGUGAAUUAUUCAGACCUUUGA